AUGGACCAUCACCAUUUCCUUCUCGUAUCAUUAUCAUUCCAAAGCCACAUUAAUCCCACUCUCCGACUAGCCACCAAACUCAUACGCGCCGGUGCUCGAGUCUCCUUCGCUACCACCGUCAGCGGUCUCAACAACCUCAAGACCCGCCCUUCCCUACCUGGCUUAUCCUACGAUUGCUUCUCCGACGGCAACGACACCGAACCCGACGCCAAUGUCCGAAAGCCAGGCUACGUUCAAGAAAUCGAGCUUAUUGGCUCCAUUAACCUCAAAAACCUCUUGCUAUCAAAGGCUAAACAAGGCGAAAAAGUGGAUUUCUUAAUCUACGGCAUGUGUAUACCAUGGGUGGCUAAGGUGGCGCGUGAGCUUCACUUGCCGUCGGCCUUUUUCUUUUUCCAAUCAGCAGCUUCCUUCUCUGUGGUGGUAUACCAGUUCUUCAAAGGUGAUGGUGGAAUGGUGAAUUCCGAUAUUGACCCCAACGGUUUAUUACAAAUACCAGGAUUGCCCUUGUUGAGACACGGUGAAAUCCCGCAGUUUCUGCGACCCACGGAGGCAUCGUUCCCUGUUUUCAGAGAGCACAUAGAAACCCUAGAAAAACACCCAAAUCCAUGCAUACUACUCAACACUUUUGAUGGUUUAGAAGAAGAAUCCAUCAAACCAAUACGUGAUCAUAUCAACAUAUUCUCCGUUGCGCCAUUAAUUCCCGGAGAAACGGAGGAGCCGUUCAUCUGUGAUAUUUUUCAGGAUUCCGAUCGAGAAACGUAUCUCCGGUGGCUAGAUUCGAAACCUGCAAAAUCGGUGAUUUACGUAUCGUUUGGAAGCAUCGUGGAGUUAGGGAAAAAGCAAAAAGAGGAGAUACUUGAAGGAUUGAUCGAAGCUGGAUAUCCAUUUUUGUGGGUUAUUCGCAACCACGGAGAAGAUGAUGAAGUGGCGAAGAGUUACAGGGCGGAGGCAGCGACGGCUGAUGGUAAUGGGUUGAUAGUGAGAUGGUGUUCACAGGUGGAGGUGUUGAACCACUUUGCAAUCGGGUGUUUCGUGUCGCAUUGUGGGUGGAACUCGAUAUCGGAAAGUAUGGUAGGCGGGGUGGCGGUGGUAGGGUGUCCGCAGUUUUCAGACCAGAUGAUGAAUAUGAAGAUGGUGGAGGAAGUGUGGGGGAAUGGGGUGAAGGCGGUGGCGGACGGUGAUGGUGUGGUGGGGCGGGAAGGGAUAAAGAGGUGUUUGAAGGUGGCAAUGGAAAGUGAAGAGAUCAAGAGAAACUGUGAGAGAUUGAAAGCCAUAGCCAUGGAAGCUGUGGUGGACGGCGGGUCAUCGCAUACAAACUUAAAACGGCUUUUCGAAAGCUUUAAAUGCAAUUCAUGA